AUGCCAGUUCCUUUCGAAGGCUUGUUGCCAUACGCCAUCAUGACGGCGUUCUUUGGCUUGGCCGGCCACGGUGUCGGCUUUAUUAGAUACUGGGACAACGGCUGGAAGAACGACAGGUGGGACUUGGACGCCUGGGACGAGAAGAUGAUGGCCAGAGACCAGCUCUUGACAGGCACCAAGAGAGGCCAGACGAGUGAAGCUAUUGCUCCUGAGCACUUCAAGACUUCUCACAUUGUGCAGCAGACUUACUGGACCCCAUACAAGGACCAGUUUUUCACUUUCAGAGAGAGAUUGUACAGAGGUUACGUCUCCGGUUCUUGGGACUUCAGUUGA